UCUGGUGAACUUCAGAAUCGACUCAAAUCCAUUCCUCGGGACCUUGUCCACACGCAGAAACCUCUCUGGGGAAAACGUGGACCAAACAUUUGUAUCGCGCGUUGGACGGAACAUAAUUUCCAUUUUUCCUCAGCCCAUUAGUUAGACUUUGGAAAACGCUCACGGGACGAUCGCUACCGGACUGCUGAAGAUAUUUCCAAAAGUCAAGAGGUCUGUUUGGUUUUUAACUCCACAAUUAUAGUAGUCCCCGGAAUGGCAUCUCGACGGUUUCCCAUCCCUCGUUUGUUUUUUUACGGCGGGCGUCAGAGAGUUAAAGUGCCCUCUCAGUUCACGGGAAUGUUAUCCUACAAGCAUCUCGGCGCCUAUGUAAUUUGGUGUGCAAGGAAGGCAGUAUAACAUUUGGCGAGAGGCUGCGCGCCUGUCGGCUUGGCAUCGAAUGAUUCUCAUCUCGCUUCCAUUACCAGUGAGUGUGCAUCCGAGGAGGUCAGAUUCGGGACGCUGGGACGAGGUGAUUGCGGGAAGAAGCAGCGAUCGAGCAGAGUACCUGGCGACAGCACUGUGCGCAGAUACCUCCUUGCAUCCGUUUAAUUCACAGAACGAAAGCAGACCAUGCAACAAAUCCCGGGGCCAAAUCCACCCCAAGUCCGUUCCGAACUGUUCGAGCUACUGAUGAGAAGGAAGAAAAGGGCGGUAUGGCUUUCAAGCACUCUUCUACUUCUAUCCCUCAUCACCACUGCUGUUGGUAUAUUCAUCGCAACAAGGACAGAAAAUAUAAGUGUCAUUGGCUACGCAUCAGGAAUAAUUCUUGCCUUCGGCUCUUUUCUCACUCUGCUGGGACUCUUCCUGGAAGAGAAUCGGAAACAACUGUUGAUUGCAGCCAUUAUCUUCCUCAGUUUUGGUAUUAUUGCAGCAUUUGUCUGUGUGAUCGUGGAUGGUGUCUUCACUGCCAUAAACAUCGAUCUAAGACCACUGCAUGCAGGAAGAUGCCAACAUUACACCAGUGGAACCAACUUUAUUUAUGAGAAUUAUCUGACUACUGUGCCAUGCCAGAGUCUCACCGAAUCUUGCAAUCUGAAGGUGCGGAGUAACACUUGCUACUGUUGUGACUUGUACAAUUGCGCAAACGGUGACUACCUGAACAAUUACUUUGAAUUUGUUGGAGUGAAGAGUUGUCGGGAGGUACACCUUGUCUACAUUAUGAUUUGGCUGAUGACGGCACUGAAUGUCUCUGCCUUCCUUUUGGGAAUUAUCACCACUGCCAUUCUUGGCAGCUUUAAAAACAUGGAGUCUCUCAUUGGACCCGAGGUUAGUUUCCAGCUCUAUCGCAUUCAAAGUUCCCCAUACAAGCCCAAGGAGCAGUUGGAGACCCAGCCCAUACUGUCUCCCACUGCACCUCUCCUGUUGCAUGAACAAGCGGCAGACACAAGGCACCAGGGGGCUCCCACUCGAUACAUGGCUUUGCCAAUGGCUGGAUCGCUGCCUGGUUGUGAUUUUAACUGUGCAAAGAAGAACAACAACCCUCCUCCAUUUUCCCCUUUGUAUAAUUUGCUGCCAGAUAAGCCAGUGGGAUAUCCAAUAUGAUCACUUCUUAUCCGUCUCUGUGCAAAGGCCAAGUAUCCUGUCACAACACAUCUGGAAUACAGAUCCGAAAACCAAAACAAUUAGACUUCAAGGGGCCGUUCAUGUUUUUGUACAAUUGUGUCGAGUCGUUAAUAGAGAGAAAAUGGCCUAUGCUACAUCUCACAUGGUUUUUACUUUAUUUUCCUUCAUUGUAAAAUAAUGAACGUUGGACUUGCUCUCACAUAUUUACAAUAUUGCACAAAUUCAACAUCUAUGCCUUGAAUUUUUCACCGUAGUCUGAUAUAUGUAUUGAUAUCACUUUGUUAGACAAUUGUAUAUAUUUAUAUCAUACAAAUUGUAUUUUUCUUUAUAUUAGCUACUGCAAUAGAAUUCACAUAAAGAUCAUUUCCAGUAUUAUAGUUAAAUUUGCAAUAUAAUAGAAUGAAUUAAAAUACCCUAUUUUAAUCC